ACUAGUGACCGGAGCGCGAAGAUUCGGGGGUGGGAAGGUGUGAGCCGCAAACCCAGAGGAGCCGGGAAAGAAGAGGAGGCCCGGGGGUGGUCCGAGGACAGGCGUCCCGGCUGCGGAGGCUGCUCAGCCUCCUCACUGGUUGGCUGACUGACGGGCUAGCUGGCUGACUGCCUGCCUGACCGACUGCCUGGCUGACUGACUCACUGACUGACUGACUGGCUGCCUUGCAGCCUCGGGCCGGACGCUGGAAGCUGCAGCGAGCGGCGCGCGGAGCCGAGCCAUGGCCUCGAGUGGAUAUAAUCCAUACGUAGAAAUAAUUGAACAGCCAAGGCAGAGGGGAAUGCGGUUUAGAUACAAGUGUGAAGGGCGAUCAGCAGGUAGCAUCCCAGGGGAGCGCAGCACAGACAACAACCGGACAUACCCGUCUGUCCAGAUUAUGAACUACUAUGGAAAAGGAAAAAUAAGAAUUACAUUAGUAACAAAGAAUGAUCCAUAUAAGCCUCAUCCUCAUGAUUUAGUUGGAAAAGAUUGCAGAGAUGGAUACUAUGAAGCAGAAUUUGGACCAGAACGCAGACCUUUGUUUUUUCAAAAUUUGGGUAUUCGGUGUGUAAAGAAAAAGGAAGUGAAAGAAGCUAUUAUUUUAAGGAUUAGUGCAGGAAUCAAUCCUUUCAAUGUCCCUGAACAGCAGCUGCUGGACAUUGAAGACUGCGACCUCAAUGUGGUGAGGCUGUGUUUUCAAGUUUUCCUUCCUGAUGAACAUGGUAACUUCACAACUGCUCUGCCUCCCAUUGUUUCUAACCCAAUUUAUGACAACCGUGCCCCAAAUACUGCAGAAUUAAGGAUCUGCCGUGUGAACAAGAACUGUGGAAGUGUCAGGGGAGGAGAUGAAAUAUUUCUGCUUUGUGACAAAGUUCAGAAAGAUGAUAUAGAAGUUCGUUUUGUGUUGAAUGACUGGGAAGCCAGAGGUGUUUUUUCACAAGCUGAUGUACACCGCCAAGUAGCCAUUGUUUUCAAGACUCCUCCGUAUUGCAAAGCUAUACUGGAGCCUGUGACAGUGAAAAUGCAGCUGCGGAGGCCUUCUGACCAGGAAGUUAGUGAGUCUAUGGAUUUCAGAUACCUGCCAGAUGAAAAAGAUGCAUAUGGCAAUAAAUCAAAGAAACAAAAAACAACUCUGAUUUUUCAGAAACUGCUGCAAGAUUGUGGUCACUUUACUGAGAAACCAAGAACUGCCCCUCUGGGAUCAACUGGAGAAGGAAGAUUCAUCAAAAAAGAAUCAAACUUAUUUUCUCAUGGUACAGUUUUACCAGAAAUGCCCAGGUCUUCAGGAGUUCCAGGGCAAGCUGAACCUUACUAUUCUUCAUGCGGGUCCAUCUCGAGUGGAUUGCCACAUCACCCACCAGCCAUACCCUCAGUGGCCCAUCAGCCUACAAGCUGGCCACCAGUGACUCACCCCACCUCACACCCAGUCAGUACAAAUACCCUGAGUACUUUCUCAGCGGGAACACUUUCCUCUAAUUCACAAGGUAUCCUUCCAUUCCUAGAAGGGCCUGGUGUCAGCGACUUGAGUGCAUCUAAUUCGUGCCUUUAUAAUCCUGAUGACCUAGCUAGAAUGGAAACGCCAUCCAUGUCACCAACUGACUUAUACAGUAUCUCUGAUGUCAACAUGCUAUCUACUCGGCCUCUGAGUGUGAUGGCACCCAGCACUGAUGGCAUGGGGGACACUGACAACCCAAGACUUGUGAGCAUCAAUCUUGAAAACCCCUCAUGUAAUGCCAGGCUAGGCCCAAGAGACCUGAGACAACUACAUCAGAUGUCUCCUGCCAGUCUGUCCGCGGGCACCAGCUCCAGUUCUGUUUUUGUUUCACAGUCAGAUGCAUUUGAUAGAUCAAACUUCAGUUGUGUAGAUAAUGGCCUGAUGAAUGAGCCUGGACUAUCAGAUGACGCAAAUAAUCCUACCUUUGUUCAGAGCAGUCACUAUUCAAGUGUUAACACUCUGCAAAGUGAGCAACUGAGUGAUCCCUUCACAUAUGGUUUUUUUAAAAUAUAAGUUGUAGGACUUAAAUAAGUAUAUAGAAUAUUAAGAGAAAGUUCAGAAGUCAAAACUUUAAAAGCCGCUACUGUUUCUUACUUUGAAAGAUAUGCCUAAAGUCCACGUGCUUGCUGUGAGUUGUUUUCUGUAUUUCCCCAAGACAAACUAUGUAUCUUUGCUAAUGUAUUAGUUAAAUGAGAUGAUAUUUGCUUUCAAGCAGAUUUAAGGUGAAAAACGUGUAAUGGCUAUGCCAUUGGGAAAUAAACUCAUUAUUAUUGUUGAGGCCCAUAGGCCAAAGUGACCCCUAAGGGGUUUUCUGAGGUUUCUUGGUAUUUUUAGGGUGUGUGUGUGUUAAAGUAAGCUUUCAAGGCAUGGAAGUUUUUUUUUUUUUCUAUUUUCUAUUAUUUAGGCUUUUAUCUUUAAAGUUACAUGUGAAAUUAGCUUGAUAUCUGUAUUUUCAAGAAAAGUUUUCUUGAGCCUUUUCUUUUUAGAUGUUCUCAUUCCGUUUGAUCUCCUAAAGCCUGUCUGCUUCACUAUAAAGAAUCUAACCAGGUAUUUUGGGCUCAUGUCAGUAAUUUCCCUACUUGAGAUCGUAAGUUCAAAACCUGCCUGAACUACAUAGUAAGUUAAAUACCAGCUUGAACAGCUUAUGGAAAUCUUGUCUCAGAAAUAGAAAAGACCAAGGGUGUGACUCAGUGGAGGAGCUUGCGUAACAUUUGCUAGGCCCUGUGUUCAGCCCUAUGAAGAAGAAAACAAAAUAACAAGUUCGUUUUAGCUCAGUAUAUCCAUACAGAGUUUUGAACUUCUCUCCCAGCCUUGUGUCUCCUUCAGCCUUCCCUGCUCUGUAUAUUGUCACGCCAUGCUUCCCGUUGCUAAGCACCUUGGUGCGCCUUUAUUCUUCCUUUACCUCCCACAUCUGUCUAUUCCAUCGUCAAACCCAGAAGGCCAUUUCCUCAGUAUGCAUCCGAAGCCCACCGUCUCCUUUGAACUUUUGUGUGAGACAGGCUGGCCUCAACCUGCUAUGUAGCCAACGAUGAACUCAGCCUUCAGUUCUCCUGCUCUGCCUCGGGAGUGCUGGGAUUACUAGUGUGCACCCCCCCCCCACACACACACAGAGGUUUGUGUGGUGCUAGAGACAAAAACAGGUCUUUCCUGGGAGAAGUAUUCUCACAGUUGAGCUAUCUGCUCAGCUCAGACCAACCACAAGCAUUUUGUAUUAGUAAAACUGAUAAACCCAGACGCAGCUAUUAGAGAGCUCAACAGAUGGUACUCACACAGUGACUUAUUUCACAGUUUUUCCUCUAAGUUGAACUAAGGUCUGUCUACAUCUGCAUUUAGAGUAUUUUCAAUUGACGUUUUAUUUUCCAGUGCCUCUUACUGAUCACAUCAUUCAGUUUAUACCUUACAAUGCAUUUAGCAACAUGUUUUUCCUUUCUCUAUGGCUGCGUUUGUAUUUCACAUGGUUUUGAAAGAAUUGGCCUUCUUUUCCAGAUUCUGCUUGUGCACAGCGUCUCUCCUCCUGUCCCCAUGUCACCAGUUAGUUCUUGCUUCCUUUGCAUAAACAGAGUAAGUAUCUUCUUGAGCUUAAAAGGAAAGGUUAAAAAAUUUCCCCUCUAAAUACCAAGAGCCCUUCCCCCACAGUGCCCUGUCCUCCACAUUUUGCCUCUUCCAUCUUCUCACCUCUCGCUCGCUCCUUCACCUUCCAUCUCUGUCUUUAGUUUUCCCAGUUCCUUGUCUUCCUGUCAGCCUUUACCCUCCUUGUCUGUGCUGUCCAUAGCCUGGCACCUCCUGAAGGACAGGAUCCUGUGGGACGGGGCUGUGUUGUCUGCACUCUCCUCAGCACCGCAGCUUCUCCUGCUGUGGGAUGCUCUUGGUAAGCAGCUGCCUUCCCUCAGCUCUGCUUCCCUCAUGGCAUUACUGCUGUCACGGGGAUAAUUUAAUAGAGACCUCAAAGUCAUAUCUGAUUGUCCUCCAGUCAUAUAUUGUCCUUUUGAGUCUGCCUACUCAGUGUCCUGUGUCUGCCCAUUCUGUUACUGGAAAUCUUUAUUCUUUUUCUUCAGUGAAUAUCUUUUCCAUAUGUUUAAGGUUUUUUUUUUUUUGAUACCUUAUUCCUCUUAGACGUUGUAGUUGGAACAUGUUGAAUUUAUUCCCACAGGUGUCUAUAGAUGUAACCUAUUCUGCCUGUGCUCCCAACACUUAGCUUUUAACAGCAGGCUUCUCUGCAAGGCUUGGUCCUGCUGCUACAGCUGAGAGGUGCAGCUCUGCCUCUCUCUGCUCCUAUAUUACAGACCUUCAGCGGAUGGUAGUCAGUUAAGUGCUUCUCACUUAUCUCUGGGACUCUAGCAUUUGACGUACACUCUGGCCUAACUGGUGCUGUAUAAAUAGUAGCUAUUUAUUAGAAAAGGGGGAUAAUUAUAAAAUCAUAUUUGAGGAUAUAGUUUUUAAUGGGAAAGGUGCUUCACCCUGCAGGAAAAGUAAUGAUGCCAAGAUAACCUGUCCUGUGAGACAUACUUCUCUUCUGGUCGACUGCUGCUCUUCCUCCUCCUCUUCUUCCCCCUCCUCCUUCUUCUUCCUCUUUCCUCCUCCUUCAAAAAACUAUACAGACACUGGCACAUGCUUCAUGGUAGAGCAUGGCCCUGUGUUUGAUACCCAGAAUUGCAACAACAACAACAAAAUUAUAAAACAAAAGUAUAAAAACUACCCUGAGGCUCUUUGAUACCCAAAGCUGUUCUCUUGGAAAUCGUAGUACCACCAGUAUAGUAUCAGGUAGAAAUCCUGCCUCUGUAUGGAAGGUUAUAUCCUACAUACCCCAGCGGUACCCCUUGACAGUUUACCAUGCAUAGACAUGUAAGUAGCCUGUAUUCAUAACAUUUUUGUAACUGUAUAUUGUACAAUGUACCCUGUUCCAUGUAGAAAAUAAGAGGGGAAUGGUAUUCAACUUUUGUUCUCAAAGAUAUGUUUCUUUUCUUAUGAAGAAUCACAUAUAUAGUCAACCACAGAAACAUGGACAAACUUUAAGGUAUAAUUUGAAGAAUUUUUGAUUAUAUUAAAACAAUGCAACCACUAUGCUUGGGACCCCAGAAGUUCUCCGCACCUCCAAACCACUGUUCUGAUUUUUGAGAGCCUGCUGACUUCCUAUCCUUUUCUUUUGCUAAUUAGUUCUCCAUUUGGAAAACCUUAGUGUAGAGUAAGUCAGUUUGUUUUACUAUGCUGUGUCGUGUUUCCACAGUCUCAGAAAAACUAUAUUUUUGUGGAGAGACUUAAAAUUGGUGAUCCAGGUUGUCUAAUUGUACCAUAUCAAGUUUUAAUCAUAAGUUGGAAUAUUGAAAGUUUACCAUAAGCUGUCAGACAGCAUGCAACAAGAUAAAGAAGAGAGACUGAUUUUAGUCAGUUAGCCUAAAUGGACCUGCUGGUCUUCAGAAACUCAGGCAGAAAAUCACAAGUUUAAGGCCUGCACAGUCUGCAGAGUGACUUCAAGGGAACAACUUUGUGAGCUCCUAUCUCAAAAUAUAAAGUGGAAAAAAGGGCGUCCUGAGCUAUAGUUCAGUGAUAGAGCACCUAGCAUGUACAGCUAAAGACUCGGUGCCUAACUCCAAAGAACUAAAAACCUGGCCUUCCUACUUCCUAGGGUGUGGUUUGUGCUAAGAAAUGUCUGAAUAGAAACACCGAGUUAAAGAUUGUGUUUCUCAUGGGCCCUGAUUAGUCUAUUAUCCAAACAUUCUUAACCACUUGAUACCCAGAGAGAAAAAUCACAGGGUGGAUAAACACUUUGGGAGACCUAUGAGAAAAGCAGGUUUCUCUUUAGACAAACGUCUUUAAGUUGCCCCAUAUGGACCUGGCUCUCUCCGAGGACACUUUCUUAUCAAGGGAAGUCAGUUACUGGCUUUACUUUUGGUAUUUUGUGACUUGAUUUCUUUGUGUAAGUUGAGAGUCUUUGGGAGUACUUUAACUCCUGUGACGUUGCCACUGCAGGGUUUCAGGUCUGUUCAGAGGUUGGAUGUGCACGGAAGAGGAUAGAAUGCUUUUGUGUCUAGGAAUGGAAAGCCCACGCUAUUCUUGGAAGCCCAGCAGUGGGCCAUAGGCAUGAAGGUGCCACCCAAGUCUAUCCAGUUUCAUCCCUUGAAUAUUUAAGCCGAACAUCAUGGCAGAAUUUAAACCUCAAGGUCAACAGUGGAUGAGAUCAAAUCUCAAAAGUGAUCAGGUCUGAUUGUUUUCAUGUCUGUAGAAAGGCCGAAACCCACGCAUGUCCUCAUCAUCUUUUGUCUUUUUGGUUGGCUUUGGGGAGGUUGGGUUUGGUUUGGUUUGGUUUGGUUUGGUUUGGUUUGGUUUGGUUUGGUUUGGUUUGGUUUGGUUUUUUUCCCAAACAGGGUUUCUCCGUGUUGCCCUGGCUGUCCUGGAACUCAUGGAAGUCUGCUUCUGCCUCCCAGACUUUAUUUAUUUUUUUUAGCUUUCAGAACUUUAAAGAAUCACAAACAAGCCAGGUGGCACUAACACACUCCUUUAAAACCAGCACCCAGGGGGCAGAGGCAGGCAGAUUUCUGUUAGUUUGGGCUGGACACUUACUCUGUAGUAAGUGUCAGGCCAGAUGGGGAUACACAGAGAAAACUUGUCUCAAAAAACAACAAACCCAAAAACAAACCAAUACAACAACAAAAGAAUCACAAACAAAAUAAAAAGAAAUGUUGACUCCUCAACAAAUUGAGUUUUUAGCAGCUUUAUAAUUUUUGGUAAAAUACCAAAUUUACCUAUGGUAAUUUUUUUCUAAGCUUCUUUAGCCAAAAUGUAACUUCUCAUGAGCUGGAGUAAAGUAAGGCUGAGGCAUCUUGGGAUAACUAUGACUUCACUGCUCUUAGUGAAGCAGCCAUAGUGAUAUAUCCUGUAGCUCCAAUACUUGGAAGGAUGAGGCAGGAGGGAUGCUUGAGGGAGACCUCAGCUAGUCAGUCACCAGAGAACUUUAAAACACUAUUGGCUAUGGUUAAUAGACCCCUACAAAACAGGGGAAUCUUUGCUGUUGUUUUGACCUUAAAUUGAAUAUUGACCUGCCUCUCCCUUCUGAGUACUAGGAUUGUAGGCAUAUGUCACCACACCUCACCUAAUGUAAAAUAUUUAGAUUUCAGAGAGGAGGGGAGCAUCAUGCUGGGAUUGAACCCAGGGUCUCAUACAAGUUAUGGUUGGUGUUAGCUCUCUACCACUAAGUUGUCUGCAUUUCAAACUGAUUUUAUAUGCUUGAUGAUGAAUGAAUUUCAAGGCUCUGAUGAAAUUAUUUUUUUUUAAGUUCUCAAGAUACUGGUACUUAAGAAGUUAAGCUUUGUAUCAAGAUGAAAUAUUUUUUUAAUGUCAAGAUGCCUUUUAUUAUAUAGCAUAUUGUGUUACUUUUGUAAUAUCUUUGUAUACUGUGAUUUUUGUUGAUGUAAUAAAUAGACCAUUUUCUAAAAA